AUGGAGUACUCUGGACGUGAAGAACCUCAAGGGUGAGUUAUUUCCGUUCAGAUGUGCACAGAACCCUUGUUCAUCGUUAUUUGCAUCAAGACGAGACUAAACAAUCUCUUCAGCACUUUCAGAUUUGAUUUUUAAAAAGCCUUCAACUUUAAGUUAUUCUUGUUGAUAAAAAAGCUAAAAUCAUAACCAUUCUUAAAGUUUUGUUGAAGGUGCUUCAGUCUGCAUGUAAGGUCAACACUUGUGCACUUACGGUUUUAAGUAAAUAAUAGUCUGGCCGUAAUUUUUUUAAGGGACAGAAAAAUAAUGGUACGUGUUUAUCUCUUUAUGGCUGGUGACCUAUAAUGUCAAUACUACAAAGGACGCAACUGUUUUUUUUCUUUUUUCGUCGUCUGGUUUUUUUAUUGUGCUCUCCACUAAGGCUGGGAAAAUGCAAAUUUAUACAAGUUUCAGAUAAAACGCCGUUACGAUAUCCAUUCCUGUCCGCAAUUUGUGUAGGAUUAACUAAACGCACGGUAAUUUGGUGUUUCCAUUAUCAUUCCUUGUUGUUAGCUAUGAAAAUUUUUGUGGUACUCUGCCCACCAUUCAGUCAACAUCUCCAUAAAAGACGAUUUGAUAACUGUUCUGAAAAUGAAAUUGCCCAACUGAAUGGCAAGGAGUUAUGCAUGGUUAUACAUUUUUUUUAACUGAUUACAGGGAACGAUGCGUCAUGUUGUUUUAUAAUGAAAGAGGAACUAAAUUCUCUUGUGUUUAUCCGUGUUGUGCUUCAUUUCAGGGCUGUUGGACCAAGCUUGGAUCAAGUUGGACAACAGGUACGUAUGUGUAAUAUGUGUAAUUGAUGGUGCAAUUUCGCAGUCCCUCUUGGGUAGCCAUGACUGCUACUGAUCUGGUUUACCUAUGUACAGUGUGUACUUACUAUGAAUAUAGGCAAUGUGAAAGAGUAUCAGCAAGACUGCCUCUUGUCUCGUCUCGUAAUUAAGAGUUCCAAUACAAGAAACCUUCUAACAACCGUAAUUGCGGUGUUCCAUAGAGGCUCAUUGUGCUGUCUUCCAAGGUGAAAUUUUUGCUAGUAAUUAUUGUUAGAUUUGCUAUUUGAACAUCACCUGCAAUAGUCAGCAUAUUAAUUUGUUGCACGUUUUCCUGUCAAGAUGCCUUUAAGUUGGCAUAUUGAUUUGUACUGUAGGUUAGCUUUUGUUAUGUAUGUAUCUUUAGGAGCAGUAGCCAGGGGCCAUAUUAAUGAAUGCCUCACUGAAGCUCUCUGGUAGCAAACAAUAGUAAUGAUAAAUCUUUAUUUAUGAGUGUUUUUUUUAUUUAAGAGUGUCUUAUAAAACUUGCCAUAGGCUGUUGUUCAUCAUGACAUAAGGUCAGGGACAACAAAACAGCUCCAUUACAGUUUUAGUUAUUACUUCCGCAUAUUUGAACUGUAAUUAUAUCAGAUUACAUUCCCUGAGACUCAGCAGACAAAAAGUCACCAGCUUGAGACGCUUUUGUUGGGGAAGUAGAUUUGUUUUGCAGCAGUUCUUAGUACCAUAUACAUAGACUCCAGAAACCAGUAUUAAAUUUGUAAGAAAAAAAGUGGACGGUUUUAUUCACUAACCUGGAUGGUGUAUUUAAGAAGCUGACUGUUAAUAAACAAUUAUUGGAUGAGGUUUGUAAUAUCCUUAAUAACCAAGUUUGAGUCUAAGUGUUAUCAGCUGAGCAAAAGGCCGAGGUUGAUAACACUUACUGAGACCUUGAUUAUUAUGGAUAUCACAAAAACUGAAUCUAAUAAUUGUUUUAUUAUACAUUGUUUUAAAGAAAAUAACAACAAACACACCAUUCCAAGGAACCUGAAUUGAUAUUGUUAUUGGAAAUCAUGCAUUGCGGGGGCAAUCUACAGAUUAGUCUGUAGGUUGCGCUGAUUUCCAAAAUUUGCUGAGGGCUCUUAGCCAUUGGGAAGGCAGAUAGUGAGUACAAUGUAUAAUAUAAGUUAUUAGUUUAGCUCCCUUUGAAAAUGAUAGCAAAAUAUGUUUUUCCAUUCACAAUCUUGUGAUAAUGACGGGCUGUUCUUAGUGGUUGUUCUGCUAGCUCUUUAGCAUCAGACAGCCCUUCUGCUGUGCCCUGUGAAAGAUACGAGACUGUUAUGUGAUUGAUAACACAACAAAAAAUAGGGGCAAAUUUAGUCUUAAUUGCCUCACCUUUCAUUGGUAUCAAAAAGAAUUAGAGUAGAAUAGAGUCUCAGUCAUGACUCCAAGGAAAUAUUUUGCUUGUUCACUAGUUUGUAUUUUCUUCAUGGUAAUCAAAGAAAAUAGAUGGUAUAAAAAGCUGAGACAGUCUUGCCCUUUUUCAGUAAUUCCUUGCUCGAUUUUUUUGCAACAACCAUAAAGUUGUUAACAUCUUUAGUUACUUUUCACUAUUUCUGUAAAAAUUUUGAUUUGGUCGAUGAAUAUAUCCACUGAAAACUGGGUGGUCAAAAUGAUUAUGCCUUGAAAUUAGCGGGGAUCAAUGUAGCAAAGGACAAUCUAAGCAGGCUUUUGUUUUUGUCAAGCCGGCUUUUUCUCCAAAUUUACCUCAAAAAUUCCCCCACGUCUUUGUUUGCAAUUGAGCUGGUAGCAAGCUCUUUUUCAGCCGCGGAAAUUAGCCGUCAUCCGGAACUUAGCGACAAUUCAUGGUUAUUUUGGUUCCAUUGGAACCAGUCAAGGCUAAGUAGUCAAUGAUUUGGAGAUCAUGCUCUCCUACUUUUUAAUUAGCCUGAAAAUAACAUUAGAGUCAAUUAUGAUUAGUUGAUGAUUUACUCUAAGAGUCGGUCUUAUUUCUGUCAUAUUGUAUUUUCUACAUCCUCACCGAAUUUCUGUCACAAUUUAAUUUGUCAAUUUGUAGAUUUUAUUUGUCAUUCCUUAAUCUUUAGGAGUAUUAACAGCUUGUUGUUUAGUUUUGAUUGGAGGAAGCUGACUUGUUCAUUACCGUGAAGUAAAUUUACAACCAGUUGUUUUUUGCCUUGGAUAAUUAUUAUCUGUGUAGUCUACAUGUGUCUUGCACGAUAUAAAGGGGCUUGUUCAUGCUAUUUGCUGUCUUUUUAAAAAGCUGAAACUCGUCCUAGCAUCGAUUAAAUUAAAAGUUCAGUUUUGCUUCCUAAUAAGACUAUAUUUCCAUGUAGGCAUCGAAAGUCAUCUGUUGCAAUGGAUGGAAACUUAAAAUAGUUGGGAUAAUGUUUUCAAGUUUUAAUAAUUUGCCUGCAAAAAUAACCUAAAGAUUAUUAUGGUGAGUGCUCCUUAUAUUUACAGGAGCAUUUACACUGUGGUGUAAAGGUAAAGAUGCUGAUUAAUUAAUGACCUCAGCACCGAAUUGAUCUGAAACAGAAACAUCUUUGUGGUAUAGCCCCUUUUAACAGUGAAAAAGUGGUUCCCUUUUUUGUCUGUAAUUGCAAAGUCAAGGUCACUAGUUCUAUAUUUGAUUGGUACUUGUAUCUCACUGCUUCAUAAAUAUCACCACCAUAGACCACCUGCGGAAGAUGUAAAAGUUAAACAAGUCAUAAUAAGUGCAUUCCAGUGUCAAGAAUACUUAGUUUGAACAUCUUUUAGAAGUGAAAAAGUUGAAAGUUGAAAAAGUGUUGUCUUUUUUGUUGUUACCUAAAGUAAAAUAAUACUUUUCGUCUUCAAAUUAAUGAGCUAGAGUUUGAAACUUGUAUUUUAUUACAGGUUGCUGUUUGAGCAGUCUCUGAUCAAAAUACAGUGCACAUAAUUUGUUUUUGGGACAUGGAACUUGUUUUAUUCUGUUGCCAGCUCUUAAAACUUUGUUUUGUACUUUUGACUGAAUUGAGUAGAAGAGCCUUGGUUUUUCUCUUUUUGUUCCAUUUAAUCCUUGUAACUCUAUUGUUUUGUAAAACAUAAAUUUUUCAUAGUGUGUGUUGUGGUCUCAAUCUGUGAAUUCUUUUAACUAAAAGAACAGUUAAGUUCUGGAUUUUUCUUAUGUGAUCACAGUCUGACAUAUUUACACAGAAGGAAAAGGGUUGAAAGGCGUCUUUACGUGUACGAAUUUUGAAAAACCUUCUUGUAGGAGUUGUAGUUGGAAAUUGGUUGGUAAUGAUGCAUUAAAUAUUUACUACCCCAAAAUAAGACACAUGCUAACAUUUCACUCUAUGGACCAACAAUUGACUGAAGUUUUGAUUCUCUGUGUGACACUCAUUUUUGAAUCUGAAAUCCCGUUCCCCCUGACAAAUGGCUAGGGUAAGUGAAGAUCAUUUUUCUGCACUGUCUAAAAUGAAAAUAACUGGGUUUUUGGUGGUUAAGACAGCAUUUAUAUUGAUUUAAGGUGAUACAAGUUGAAACAGUUGCAUAAUAAAGUAUAGCCAGUUAUUUGGUGCCCUACUUCGUUUAAAACGGAAAUAGCAUUUUCUCUCGUAAAUUGUGCCUUGGAACAUUAAAAUGUUAAUUUAUUUGGUAGAUACCCUCCUCCUCAUUUCGUCAUGUUAACCCUUUAUAUAUGAAUAAAAUUAUCCUUGGACAUUUUUUGCAGACUCUUAGGUAUCCUAGCAUUGAUAAAAAAAUCGAUUCUUUAGUCAUGACGUUGCCAAGAAGAAAAAGAAGUUCUCUCAGUUCCCUAGCUAAAAAUGUAUUAUCAAAAUCGUUCAAGUCUUACCUUAAAGUAAGAAGAUGUGCUAUGAUAUUAAAUUGUGCAGGACUCGUAGAAGACUUGAGUCACUAGUGUCCUGCUUUCUCUGUAGAAUUUGUAUCGUUUUGCUACUUCGUUGGAAUUGAAUUUGAAUUUGGGGCAAACAAAGUCAAGAGACUGUCAGAUUAGGGUGGACAGUGAAUAUGGUUUAUUUGUACAGUUUGCUAAGCCAGGAGCCAAUGUUUCUUUGUUGUUUAAAUUUACUGAAUGCAACAAUUUCUUGUUAGUUCUCUUACAUAGGAGAAGAUGAACUGCCAGAUGUUAAGAACUCUAAAUCACCUGAUAGUGGAAGAAGAAAUGGAACAAGACCAGGAAAGACUCGAUCAGGUCGCAAUAGACAACCAAGAGAUACUGACUACUUCAUCAGGUGCAAGCAACUGUUUUUGUUUGUAGAUAUUAUUUAUUCUUGUUUUAUUCCAUUAUAAUGUAGCUUUAUGUCACUAUUAACCUAGUAGUGUGCUUUUACAUGCCCUUGGAAUGAUUUCAUCUAAAUAUUAAGAGCACCCUAAACCUUUGAAAACUAUCCAUUAGUUGUCUGUCUCCUGAAAAGCCUUUCAGCCAUUAAUUUGGGUAAUUAAUUGAUUGUUGGAUUUGGUUAACAAAUUUUCUUUUCUCAUUUUAACUUUGUACAUUAUUUUAGUGACAGUAUGGCGAAUAUUUUGAGAAUAAAGAGAAUUAAUUUAUUGUGGAUAAUAUUUCGUGGAUGUCGUAUUGCCCAUUGACUUUGCUUCUCUGUUAUUUAGUUCUUUGCAAGAGAACAAUAUUGCUGUAUAUAAAUUAUGCAUUCAGACAAAAUAAUUGUUUGGUGUAAAUUCCUACUUUGUGUAUUGCUUUUUCAGCUAAAUUUCUUCGAAGCCGAUUUGAAGGUUGUUAUGGAUGAAAUUUCUAUUCUAAAUACCACACCAACUGUGUUAGUUUAUUCUAUACCAGACAAAAUUGUGUGCAGCAUUUUUUACCUAUUUAUAUUUUCUCUAAGUGGAAGAUUUGAAGCUCGUGUUAGAUAAAAGAUGAUGUUCACUGCCUUCUGGAAUGUCUGUUAUUUGAACUGCAGUCAUAGUUUUUGUAUCCCUUUAGCUCUAAUGUUGAUCAACGUUGCUUUAAUGUUGAUCAACAUUAUUUUAAUCUUUCCUUGUCAUCCAAGGGGUGAAUCAAUAUAUUGCUCAUAUGAGUUUUGGAAAUGAUCAACUAGAGUAUCUUGACGAACAAAAAUUCUCAGUAAUAUCAAAAUGAGAGAUAUAAGGAGAAUAGUGUAGAGAUAAGCAGUAAUCAAUGGUUAGGAAGUGCGGGGGAACAUAUGAGUUUACCUUGGAUAUGUGAUUGGUGAGAACCACUUUCAUAAUAGACCUUUUUACCGAUACGGUGGCCAUAUUGAAUUAAUUCGAUUUAAGGAGUAUUAUAAGAUGCCCAGGGGGCUUGAGCACAUUUCAUUUCAGGGCAUUUUUUCUUAAAGUUUUCCUAGAAUAAGAUUGUAAUGGAAAAAAAGAUCCUUGUGCUGUGUUUGGAUGUAAUAAUGAUUGCCUUUUUCUAGUUUAGUAUUAGAAAUAUGAUCUUUCAUUGAAUAUUUCUCGGGAAAAAGGCAAUCAUUAUUACAUCCAAACACAGCACAAGGAUCUUUUUUCCCAUUACAAUCUCCUUUUAAGAAAACUUAACGAAAAACUGUCAUGAAAAGCGCUUGAAAAUACAAACAAAAUGCGCUCAUGCCCCCUGCCCAUCCUAUAAUACUCCUUAAAUCGAAUUAAUUCAAUAUGGCCGCCGUAUCGGUAAAAAGGUCUAUUGUGUAGUACUUGUGUACCUGAGUUACGUGUGGUUGUGAAUUGUACAAUUAUUGUUGCAUCUGUUGCAUGUGCUUGCACAUGAUUACUGUGCCAUCAAACUUUGUGGCCACAUACCAUGCAUAUUGGUUGAUAGAACACGAGCAUCCCAAGAAUGUGGACAGAUUUUGAAAAAACCUCCCAAAACAGUGUAUAAAGUACCGCAAACCAACAAUAGUCUGCAGGCUCUUUGUCCCCUGCAAAUAUAGUUCAAUGAGGUUUUGCUCAAGCGAGAAUUAUUGCUUUUCAUAUUUUUCGGUCAAAGAAUGAAUGCUCUACCUGACAAAUUAAGGAACAGUAUUUUUCCUAAUUUUAAGUGAUGUGUACAAAGUCCUGAUUCAUUUGAUCUGUUACACUAAUUUUUAUUUUAGUAUACCCAGUUUAAGAGAUCCUGAUUUUUUUUCCUUUGAGAUAAUAUAUCUUAAUAUUAUUAGCUAUAUAUUGUAGCUACUCAAAAUUUCGAGUUGAAAUAAAGGUUAUAUAUGUAUGUAUGUAUUUCUUAUCUUUCAAGUAUUACAUGUAAAAUGUCAGAAAACCAUGAGCAACAGAAAUUGUAGAGUAAGUGUUUUUGACCUGCCCAGCAAUAAGUGAAGUAAGUUAAUACAUCUUGAGACUAGAACAAUUAACGUUUUUGGACUACAAAGAUACACGCAAGCACUUCAUGUUUUUUCUUUCUUUUCUUUUUUUUUUAAUCGCAGCCUACCAUCUUCCUGCAAACCCCUAGAUUUUGGCUCCAAAAUACUAAAUUUACUGUCAAUUAAUACCAUAGAGCUACUUGCGUUUUCCCCUCGUUCUUCUUAUCAACAUUCCAGUUAACUAGCUCAAUGUAGCUGUGGGAAUUUGCAAGGUUCUGGUUACUGUAUGUUCUUUCGUAUCCUUAAUUUUUUCUACUCUCUAGAAAAAUAUUAGUUCUAAAAAGUAUGUUGUACUGAGCUGCUUGUUAAUGUUGCCAUGUUACUAGGAUUCUUGUGCCGCCCACCAUGGUUGGUGCCAUUAUUGGCAAAGAAGGAAAGAAAAUCAAAGAUCUCACAGACAAAACAGGAACGGAGUAAGUCCCUUUAAAUUUAGUGAUGGCCUUUCAUAUAUUUUUGAUUGUAAAUAACGUUGAGUUUUAAACUUCAAUUAGGGCUGCUGGUAAGUUUACGUUUUAGAAAGGGCAUGUUUCUUAAGCCAGAUCACCAUUUCAGUUGGACAGACCAGAACUAUUGGACAUGCAUUGUACUAACUCAUAUUUUCAGUACAAUAUACGCCGUCAAGGUAAAAAAAAAUAAUGAUAUUCUUUUGGUAUUUGAUCUGUCUGGUCAUCAUGUCUGACCUGCAGGCUGGAUUUCGUCUGGGAUUUUACAAGCUUAAGCCAGGUGUUGUCCAUUGACUGGAUGAUAUUUAUAGCUGUGUGAAUCAUUUUGCUGCUUAACAAUAUUAUUUAUUUUUUAAGCUAUGUAGAUCCACAGUUCUUCUUUAUCAUGGGUGAUUAAAUUGGUUAAUUUCAAAUGUCAAUGAACCAGUCAAAAUUUCUUAGAAUAAGUGUGCUCAUAACUAAAUCAAAUUAUAAGCCGUGUUCACAAUUCUUGACAUUCUUCCUUCACUACAUGUGUGAAUAAAGUAAAUAUUAUUUCAGUAUAGUUUUGAUCGAGAUGCCUCUAACAUACACUAUAAUCACUCAGCCAUAACCUUGUAAACCUUGCCUUUUUGUCUCUAGCAUCACUGUGCACAAGAAAGAUGACAAAACUCCAUUUGAAAAGGUAUUUUCUUUAUCAGAUUGCUUUUUAAAUCAUAUUAGAAGUGUAUAUAUAAUCCUGCUUUCUCUGUAGAAUUUGUAUCGUUUUGCUACUUCGUUGGAAUUGAAUUUGAAUUUGGGGCAAACAAAGUCAAGAGACUGUCAGAUUAGGGUGGACAGUGAAUAUGGUUUAUUUGUACAGUUUGCUAAGCCAGGAGCCAAUGUUUCUUUGUUGUUUAAAUUUACUGAAUGCAACAAUUUCUUGUUAGUUCUCUUACAUAGGAGAAGAUGAACUGCCAGAUGUUAAGAACUCUAAAUCACCUGAUAGUGGAAGAAGAAAUGGAACAAGACCAGGAAAGACUCGAUCAGGUCGCAAUAGACAACCAAGAGAUACUGACUACUUCAUCAGGUGCAAGCAACUGUUUUUGUUUGUAGAUAUUAUUUAUUCUUGUUUUAUUCCAUUAUAAUGUAGCUUUAUGUCACUAUUAACCUAGUAGUGUGCUUUUACAUGCCCUUGGAAUGAUUUCACCUAAAUAUUAAGAGCACCCUAAACCUUUGAAAACUAUCCAUUAGUUGUCUGUCUCCUGAAAAGCCUUUCAGCCAUUAAUUUGGGUAAUUAAUUGAUUGUUGGAUUUGGUUAACAAAUUUUCUUUUCUCAUUUUAACUUUGUACAUUAUUUUAGUGACAGUAUGGCGAAUAUUUUGAGAAUAAAGAGAAUUAAUUUAUUGUGGAUAAUAUUUCGUGGAUGUCGUAUUGCCCAUUGACUUUGCUUCUCUGUUAUUUAGUUCUUUGCAAGAGAACAAUAUUGCUGUAUGUAAAUUAUGCAUUCAGACAAAAUAAUUGUUUGGUGUAAAUUCCUACUUUGUGUAUUGCUUUUUCAGCUAAAUUUCUUCGAAGCCGAUUUGAAGGUUGUUAUGGAUGAAAUUUCUAUUCUAAAUACCACACCAACUGUGUUAGUUUAUUCUAUACCAGACAAAAUUGUGUGCAGCAUUUUUUACCUAUUUAUAUUUUCUCUAAGUGGAAGAUUUGAAGCUCGUGUUAGAUAAAAGAUGAUGUUCACUGCCUUCUGGAAUGUCUGUUAUUUGAACUGCAGUCAUAGUUUUUGUAUCCCUUUAGCUCUAAUGUUGAUCAACGUUGCUUUAAUGUUGAUCAACAUUAUUUUAAUCUUUCCUUGUCAUCCAAGGGGUGAAUCAAUAUAUUGCUCAUAUGAGUUUUGGAAAUGAUCAACUAGAGUAUCUUGACGAACAAAAAUUCUCAGUAAUAUCAAAAUGAGAGAUAUAAGGAGAAUAGUGUAGAGAUAAGCAGUAAUCAAUGGUUAGGAAGUGCGGGGGAACAUAUGAGUUUACCUUGGAUAUGUGAUUGGUGAGAACCACUUUCAUAAUAGACCUUUUUACCGAUACGGUGGCCAUAUUGAAUUAAUUCGAUUUAAGGAGUAUUAUAAGAUGCCCAGGGGGCUUGAGCACAUUUCAUUUCAGGGCAUUUUUUCUUAAAGUUUUCCUAGAAUAAGAUUGUAAUGGAAAAAAAGAUCCUUGUGCUGUGUUUGGAUGUAAUAAUGAUUGCCUUUUUCUAGUUUAGUAUUAGAAAUAUGAUCUUUCAUUGAAUAUUUCUCGGGAAAAAGGCAAUCAUUAUUACAUCCAAACACAGCACAAGGAUCUUUUUUCCCAUUACAAUCUCCUUUUAAGAAAACUUAACGAAAAACUGUCAUGAAAAGCGCUUGAAAAUACAAACAAAAUGCGCUCAUGCCCCCUGCCCAUCCUAUAAUACUCCUUAAAUCGAAUUAAUUCAAUAUGGCCGCCGUAUCGGUAAAAAGGUCUAUUGUGUAGUACUUGUGUACCUGAGUUACGUGUGGUUGUGAAUUGUACAAUUAUUGUUGCAUCUGUUGCAUGUGCUUGCACAUGAUUACUGUGCCAUCAAACUUUGUGGCCACAUACCAUGCAUAUUGGUUGAUAGAACACGAGCAUCCCAAGAAUGUGGACAGAUUUUGAAAAAACCUCCCAAAACAGUGUAUAAAGUACCGCAAACCAACAAUAGUCUGCAGGCUCUUUGUCCCCUGCAAAUAUAGUUCAAUGAGGUUUUGCUCAAGCGAGAAUUAUUGCUUUUCAUAUUUUUCGGUCAAAGAAUGAAUGCUCUACCUGACAAAUUAAGGAACAGUAUUUUUCCUAAUUUUAAGUGAUGUGUACAAAGUCCUGAUUCAUUUGAUCUGUUUCACUAAUUUUUAUUUUAGUAUACCCAGUUUAAGAGAUCCUGAUUUUUUUUCCUUUGAGAUAAUAUAUCUUAAUAUUAUUAGCUAUAUAUUGUAGCUACUCAAAAUUUCGAGUUGAAAUAAAGGUUAUAUAUGUAUGUAUGUAUUUCUUAUCUUUCAAGUAUUACAUGUAAAAUGUCAGAAAACCAUGAGCAACAGAAAUUGUAGAGUAAGUGUUUUUGACCUGCCCAGCAAUAAGUGAAGUAAGUUAAUACAUCUUGAGACUAGAACAAUUAACGUUUUUGGACUACAAAGAUACACGCAAGCACUUCAUGUUUUUUCUUUCUUUUCUUUUUUUUUUAAUCGCAGCCUACCAUCUUCCUGCAAACCCCUAGAUUUUGGCUCCAAAAUACUAAAUUUACUGUCAAUUAAUACCAUAGAGCUACUUGCGUUUUCCCCUCGUUCUUCUUAUCAACAUUCCAGUUAACUAGCUCAAUGUAGCUGUGGGAAUUUGCAAGGUUCUGGUUACUGUAUGUUCUUUUGUAUCCUUAAUUUUUUCUACUCUCUAGAAAAAUAUUAGUUCUAAAAAGUAUGUUGUACUGAGCUGCUUGUUAAUGUUGCCAUGUUACUAGGAUUCUUGUGCCGCCCACCAUGGUUGGUGCCAUUAUUGGCAAAGAAGGAAAGAAAAUCAAAGAUCUCACAGACAAAACAGGAACGGAGUAAGUCCCUUUAAAUUUAGUGAUGGCCUUUCAUAUAUUUUUGAUUGUAAAUAACGUUGAGUUUUAAACUUCAAUUAGGGCUGCUGGUAAGUUUACGUUUUAGAAAGGGCAUGUUUCUUAAGCCAGAUCACCAUUUCAGUUGGACAGACCAGAACUAUUGGACAUGCAUUGUACUAACUCAUAUUUUCAGUACAAUAUACGCCGUCAAGGUAAAAAAAAAUAAUGAUAUUCUUUUGGUAUUUGAUCUGUCUGGUCAUCAUGUCUGACCUGCAGGCUGGAUUUCGUCUGGGAUUUUACAAGCUUAAGCCAGGUGUUGUCCAUUGACUGGAUGAUAUUUAUAGCUGUGUGAAUCAUUUUGCUGCUUAACAAUAUUAUUUAUUUUUUAAGCUAUGUAGAUCCACAGUUCUUCUUUAUCAUGGGUGAUUAAAUUGGUUAAUUUCAAAUGUCAAUGAACCAGUCAAAAUUUCUUAGAAUAAGUGUGCUCAUAACUAAAUCAAAUUAUAAGCCGUGUUCACAAUUCUUGACAUUCUUCCUUCACUACAUGUGUGAAUAAAGUAAAUAUUAUUUCAGUAUAGUUUUGAUCGAGAUGCCUCUAACAUACACUAUAAUCACUCAGCCAUAACCUUGUAAACCUUGCCUUUUUGUCUCUAGCAUCACUGUGCACAAGAAAGAUGACAAAACUCCAUUUGAAAAGGUAUUUUCUUUAUCAGAUUGCUUUUUAAAUCAUAUUAGAAGUGUAUAUAUAGCGAUGCAGGGGGUAUACCAGGGGUUUCAAUAAGCACUGAUGACUGAUAAAAUGCCUCUGCUACUUAACUCAUCUAGUUGUCAGCUACUAUUUUCCCGAAGGAAGAAGCAACUAGUUUUAAUAACAUCGUAAACAAAUAAUAUAUCAUAAAUCUGAUGGAAAUGUCAUUCUGUGUUUUCACGAAGGCUUAUUAUGUGAACGCUGUAGUUCAGUGAAUUUUUUGGAUGUUUCUUUAUAGGUUCAUGCAUAGGUUGUUCACGUGCAAAUGUGCAUUUUGCUUAUCGUCAUUGCUUCUAUGAGUUGUGUGUGUGACUGAUAAAUAGGUUUAUUGAAACUUGGGUGAACACUUUAUUUUCUUAAACAUACUCAAUUGUAACUCCAUUUAGUCCCCAGAAUGCUGGAAAUCAGAGUUCAGGGCUUUUGAAAGUUGGACUAAUGCCAGGGCAUGUUGUUGAUACAGUUGGUUGCUCUUUUCAAACCUGCUGCCUACUACAGUUUUUAUUGAAACCCCUGCAUAAUAUACUGAACAGUCACAGGUUGUCCAACUUACAAAGUUAAUGUAACAAAAUUGCAAAGCAAUACAAGACAUUUUUGUCAUGGUGAUUCCCUAAAGCCAGAACAUUUUUUUUAGUCUGGUUUUGUUUUGUUUUUUGUUUGUUUUUUAGUGUGUAAAGAACAGUUACAUAGGUAACUGUGCAAUCAUACUUGUUUGAUUAGAUUUAAGUUGUCAAACCAGAAUUAUUAUGCAACUGCAAGCCAUUAAUCAAUGCAUAAUUAGUUGGCAUAUACAGAAAGAACAAGAUGAAAAAAGCCCCCUUGCCAAAAAUCAGCCUGUUUGUGUAAAUUGGUGGGGAGAUAUACACCAUUAUGCUCUGAUGACUCGAUACAAGUCCUUAUAAAUUGGCUUAGAUAGUAACGUUUGUUAGUAACAUUUGUGAAUCAGGCCUAUUUAAGAAGGAUUGGAGCAUGAAAUUGCUUAUAUCUCCUAGCCUACGUUGCAGAUGUAAUAUAACCUGUUAGUAACGUCUGCAAAGCAGUGCACACAUCCUUGAUGUGUGUACCCAACUGACUCAAUGACUCAACUCUAAUCAUUUGCGCCCUUACUGUGAGUUGUAUUGUCACACAGUCUGCAUGUGAAAUAUUUGGAAUUUGCCGCUUUUGUGGUUCAUGAAUGAGAGAAUACUAAUCUAAUUAACCCAAGGGUUUUAAAAAUAACUGUCACGCACACAGGUUACACUUAAAGAUGUUGGUCUUUGCCCCUUUUAUGGUAUGGACAUGUGCUUACUGGCAAUGAAUAGUCUGUACAAUGACUGGUAAUGACCAGUACCUAUGGUCUGGAGGCGUUGCUUUAAUAUGUUCAUUGUUUUUAAUUUCUUUGUCCCCACUCUGUUGGGAACUGUGUUUCUUUGUUGCAAGGUUUUCAAGGUUGUAAAAGUGGGAUCAAGUACUCUGCUAACAGAGUUUCCUUCCUGGCAUGCGUUUUACCUAGUAUGAGUCCUUCGCAUGGCAGACUUUCGUGUCACUUGCCUUGUUUACAUUCACUCAUAUUGUGUACCUAUGGCAAUUUUGAACCAAAACAAGCGAUCUCAAAAACUCUAUUUGGGCAUAAUGCUUUUGUCACUUGAACGUCACUGGGCUUACUGAAUUUAAUAAAAUUGUGACAGAAAAAUAGCAAAUUAAUUCUGCUCUUAGUAGUAAAACAAUAUCAUUGUGCAAAUGGCCUAUUUGCACUAGCAGGCUGAUUUUUAGUGAGUGGAAUUUUCAUCUUGUUCUUUCUGGAUAUUCUAACCAAGCCCAUGAUUUAACAAAUUUAGCUUUUGUGACAUCAUCACUUUUCUUCUGUACCAUUUGUUUGUUGGGCUUGACGUUAAAAAAUUGGUACAUGUGCAAUGUCAUGUCAGAUAGUGGGUAAUGAGAUGUAAUUGCUUAUUGUUAAGGUGGUAGAGAUUGUCGGAACUCCAGCGCAGUGCAGCGAAGCUAACCUCAGCAUUCACAGAACAAUGCGUUCUGAAACUGACCCCGCCAAGAGAAGGUAA